UAGAUAUUUAGCUGAAAACCAAACAACACAAUACUGAAAUUUCAUCAUUGAUUCACAAGAAGUCAACAAAAAAAAGAUCAUUUUUUUCUUCUUUUUCAUAUUUGAUAAACUGAAGAAGAAGAAGAAGAAGAAGAAGAAUGGGGUCAAUAGCUAAAAAGGGGUUGCAGAAUUACUUGAUACAACUUCAGCAACACCCUUUAAGAACAAAGGCGAUAACAGCUGCAGUUUUGUCAGCUAUCAGUGAUAUAGUGGCUCAGAAGAUCACUGGCAUUAAGAGACUUCAAAUGAGACGCCUUCUUCUGAAAGUGCUUUUUGGCUUUGCCUAUCUUGGACCAUUUGGUCAUUUUCUUCACUUAUUGCUGGACAAGCUUUUCAAAGGGAAGAAAGACACAGCAACUGUUGCAAAAAAGGUGGUUCUGGAACAAGUGACAUCUUCUCCUUGGAAUAACUUGCUUUUCAUGAUAUACUAUGGAUUAGUUAUUGAAAGUAGACCCUGGAUCCAGGUGAAGUCUAAUAUUAAGAGGGAAUAUCCAAAAGUGCAGUAUACGUCUUGGACGUUUUGGCCCGUCGUGGGUUGGAUUAAUCACCAGUAUGUGCCACUUCAGUUCCGAGUCAUCUUUCACAGCAUUGUGGCAUGUGGCUGGGGGAUUUUCUUGAAUCUACGUGCAAGAUCGAUGGCAUUAAAGAAAGCUUGAAAGUCUCAAAGUUGCAAACCGGACAUGGCAACAUGUUCAUAUGUAGUAAACGUUGCUCGUUCUCUCAGCUACUAGUGGCUUAUGUAGUGAUCGACAUUUCCUAUGUACCUUGUAUUUUUAUUUUUUGGUUAUAGUUUUCUUGAAUAGUAGUGCUCUUUUAUCAAAAAGAUUGAUAGUCAUAGAACUCCAUUUUAGUUGAUGAUUGGCCUAUUAUGACUACAAGGCUUAUUAUAAGGGAUAAUAUAAUUUAUUUGAUGUGGCAAUUACUGUUGUAUAUUUGUCCUGAAUUUCUUACCA